AUGAAAGAGGAAACUUACUCUGGUGUCAUUUACCCCGUCGAAAACGCUGUGGAUAAAGAAAUCCCACCUGAGUUAACCAAGUUAGUUCUGUUUCCACCAAGGAGCCGCAGAGCAUCGGGCAGGAGAAAAAAAACACGCUAUCCAUCCACUGGAGAGAAACUUGUCCCCAAAGUAAAGAAACUCAUCCCCAACAAAUGUACUAAGUGUUUCCAACCAGAACACAACCGCAGUACAUGCCAUAAGCCCACCUAA